AUGCAGGCGUUCUUCAGCGUUGCUCUGUUGCUGCUCAACUUCGCGAUCACCCAGGCCACCAACUCGUACCCGGUUGUACUGGUGCACGGGUUUGGUGGUUGGGGUCGUGACGAACUGCUCGGAUUCAAGUACUGGGGCGGCAUCCAAGGCGACAUUCAAGAGGAGCUCGAAGCACAGGGCUACACAGUCUACACAGCGUCAAUCGGUCCGUUCUCCAGCAACUGGGAUCGUGCUUGUGAGCUGUACGCACAGAUCAAAGGCGGCGUGACCGACUACGGUGCCGCUCACUCUGCAAAUUAUGACCAUUUACGCUAUGGCAAGAACUACACAGGUCUGUACCCAGAGUGGGGCGAGACCAACUCGGACGGGUCGAUCAACAAGAUCCACCUUAUCGGCCACAGUAUGGGCGGUCAGACCAUCCGAAUGCUGGCUCAAAUGCUUGAAAAGGGCACAACCGGAGCUCCAGUCGAAGAGAAGAGCUACACGUCACCCUUAUUUGAGGGUGGGCACGACUGGAUCCACUCCAUCACGACUAUUUCAACACCAAACCAGGGCACGACGCUGGCUGAUGGUUUCUCGGAAAUCGGUGAUACCAUCAAAGAUCUGCUAGUGUCGAUCAUCAACGUACUCGGUAUCUUUGGUGACUCAGUGGAUCUCCUCUAUGACGCCCAGUUAGACCAGUGGGGCAUCACAGCUAAGCAGAACGAUGAAACGCUACAAGAAUACUUCGACCGGGUAUUCUCUAGUAGUAUCUUCGACCCAAGUUUCAAGGAUGUUUCCAUCUGGAGUUUGUCGGUAGCAGGAGCUAAGGAGGAGAGCACGUGGGUUGAGACUCUGGACGAUGUCUACUACUACAGUUACGCUACCAAGGACACCUUCUCGACGUACAACUGGAAGCUGCAGAAGAUCUCGUACCCGAACAUCUUGACUAUGCUACUGCCACUAGACGUUCUCUCUAUCUUCCUUGGAAGUCGCUAUGCACCCGAUAUUCUCAGUUUGACUACUGACUGGCAGCCUAACGAUGGCGCUGUCAACACCAUUUCCAUGAAUCAGGACUAUGUCGGUGACCUGGUUGAGUUCGACGGCUCGUCGGUGAUCGGAAAGUGGAACCAGAUGACGCAGCUCACGGGCUUAGACCACUUGGCUGUGACCGGUAUCACGCUGCUCUACCAGAUCUUUGACAUCUAUGAGGCUCAUGCUGAGCUGCUCUAUAGUCUACCAAUGGGUUCAAGCUCCUCGCGUCGCCUUGUCGAGGCAAAUACCACGGUCGCUGCCAAGCUGGACAGCGCUAUUUCAUCACUCACAACUGCCGCUGCCAGCAUCCAGACCCAAGGAGACCUCGAGGCCCUGUGCGAAAACCCCAUCAACACGUACGCCGAGAACUACUGCGCCAAUAUGCUGAACGCCACACUGGUCAACGAUACCAUCGCUACGGCUAAUGCUACGGUGGAAGUUGCCACGAACACAUCCAUCAACACAAACGUGAGCUUUACUCGUAGGCUGCGCGGAUAAAGCUGCAGCUUAAGAUGUGGGAAGCGUAUAAUUGUUCUAUGAUGGAAUGCGCAUGUUUAGUUUCAAAGAAGUUCAAUAGAGUAG